ACUUCCUGCCACGAGGAUCUGGCAUUGUCACCCGGCGUCCCCUGGUUCUGCAGCUAGUCAAUGCCACCACAGAAUAUGCUGAGUUCCUGCACUGCAAGGGGAAGAAAUUCACCGACUUCGAGGAGGUGCGCCUGGAGAUCGAGGCCGAGACCGACCGGGUCACCGGCACCAACAAGGGCAUCUCGCCGGUGCCCAUCAACCUCCGAGUCUACUCCCCGCACGUGCUGAACCUGACCCUGGUGGACUUGCCCGGAAUGACCAAGGUUCCCGUGGGGGACCAACCUCCCGACAUCGAGUUCCAGAUCCGGGACAUGCUCAUGCAGUUCGUCACCAAGGAGAACUGCCUCAUUCUGGCCGUGUCCCCUGCCAACUCCGACCUGGCCAACUCCGAUGCCCUCAAGGUCGCCAAGGAGGUGGACCCCCAGGGUCAGCGCACCAUCGGGGUCAUCACCAAGCUGGACCUGAUGGACGAGGGCACAGAUGCCCGAGAUGUGCUGGAAAACAAGCUGCUCCCCCUGCGCAGAGGCUACAUUGGGGUGGUGAACCGGAGCCAGAAGGACAUUGAUGGCAAGAAGGACAUCACAGCUGCUUUGGCCGCUGAACGGAAGUUCUUUCUCUCCCAUCCAUCCUACCGCCACUUGGCUGACCGCAUGGGCACACCCUACCUGCAGAAGGUCCUCAACCAGCAACUGACCAACCACAUCCGGGACACGCUGCCGGGGCUGCGGAACAAGCUGCAGAGCCAGCUGCUGUCCAUUGAGAAGGAGGUGGAGGAGUACAAGAACUUCCGUCCUGAUGACCCAGCACGCAAGACCAAGGCCCUGCUGCAGAUGGUCCAGCAGUUCGCCGUGGACUUUGAGAAGCGCAUUGAGGGCUCAGGAGACCAGAUCGACACCUAUGAACUGUCAGGGGGAGCCCGCAUUAAUCGCAUCUUCCAUGAACGCUUCCCCUUUGAGCUGGUCAAGAUGGAGUUUGAUGAGAAGGAGCUCCGAAGGGAGAUCAGCUAUGCCAUCAAGAAUAUCCACGGCAUUAGGACGGGCCUCUUCACACCUGACCUCGCUUUUGAAGCCACAGUGAAAAAGCAGGUGCAGAAGCUCAAAGAGCCCAGUAUCAAAUGUGUGGAUAUGGUAGUCAGUGAGCUCACGGCCACCAUCAGAAAGUGUAGCGAAAAGCUCCAGCAGUACCCAAGACUACGGGAGGAGAUGGAGCGCAUCGUGACCACGCACAUCCGGGAGCGCGAGGGUCGCACUAAGGAGCAGGUCAUGCUUCUUAUCGAUAUUGAGCUGGCUUACAUGAAUACCAACCAUGAGGACUUCAUAGGCUUUGCCAAUGCUCAGCAGAGGAGUAACCAGAUGAACAAGAAGAAGGCUUCAGGAAACCAGGAUGAGAUUCUGGUCAUCCGGAAGGGCUGGCUGACCAUCAAUAAUAUUGGCAUCAUGAAGGGGGGUUCCAAGGAGUACUGGUUUGUGCUGACUGCUGAGAACCUGUCCUGGUACAAGGAUGACGAGGAGAAAGAGAAGAAAUACAUGCUGUCCGUGGACAACCUCAAGCUGCGGGACGUGGAGAAGGGCUUCAUGUCAAGCAAGCACAUCUUUGCCCUCUUUAACACUGAGCAGAGGAACGUCUACAAGGAUUAUCGGCAGCUGGAACUGGCCUGUGAGACACAGGAGGAGGUGGACAGCUGGAAGGCCUCCUUCCUGAGGGCUGGCGUGUACCCCGAGCGCGUUGGGGACAAGGAGAAAGCCAGCGAGACCGAAGAGAAUGGCUCAGACAACUUCAUGCACUCCAUGGACCCACAGCUGGAACGGCAGGUGGAGACCAUCCGGAACCUGGUGGAUUCGUAUAUGGCCAUUGUCAACAAGACUGUGAGGGACCUCAUGCCUAAGACCAUCAUGCACCUCAUGAUCAACAACACCAAGGAAUUCAUCUUCUCGGAGCUGCUGGCCAACCUGUACUCGUGCGGGGACCAGAACACACUGAUGGAGGAAUCGGCCGAGCAGGCGCAGCGGCGCGACGAGAUGCUACGCAUGUACCACGCGCUGAAGGAAGCGCUCAGCAUCAUUGGCGACAUCAACACGACCACCGUCAGCACGCCCAUGCCCCCGCCCGUGGACGACUCCUGGCUGCAGGUGCAGAGCGUACCGGCCGGACGCAGCAGGUCGCCCACGUCCAGCCCCACGCCGCAGCGCCGAGCCCCCGCCGUGCCCCCAGCCCGGCCCGGGUCGCGGGGCCCUGCUCCUGGGCCUCCGCCUGCUGGGUCCGCCCUGGGGGGGGCGCCCCCCGUGCCCUCCAGGCCGGGGGCUUCCCCUGACCCCUUCGGUCCUCCCCCCCAGGUGCCCUCGCGCCCCAACCGUGCUCCGCCCGGGGUCCCCAGCCAGCCGAUCGGGUCAGGCAAGUCCAUCCCGUCCUGAGAGCCCCAGGCCCCCCUUCGACCUCUAACCAGAUCCCUCCUCUUCCUUGGAGACCUCCCUUUGCAAGCCUGCCUGGACGGCUGUUUUGUGACUUGACAGUGGCUCCCCCAGCCCCAAAGCGUCCCCCUUCACUUGUGACUUAGUCUGUCAUAGUGGUGAGCUGACACAUCCCAGCGUGAUGUUGGUGAAAGCUUGUACCCCCUCUGUGGUAUUGCUCCCACCCUGUUCUAUAAAUAUCUAUAAAUACUUAUAUACAUAUAUACAUAUAUAUGGCUGACCCGGCCUCACCUCUAGUGUUGGAAACCAAUCAACGUGCCGUCUUUGUGGAGUCUUGUGGCCCUACAACAAGGGAACGCUAUCACCCUGACAUCCCCCUUCCAAAGCGUGCCACCUCCAGUGAGCCUCCCUGUCAUGCCCGGCCUGUGGACAGCCAGCCUUCCUCUGCCACCUCUCCUGCCCCCCUUGAAGCAUGGGGGUGCUGUACUGGCAGCUGUGUGGUUCUCUGCUACCAGUCUUGCUGUCUCUUGGCUGAGAAUAAAACCUAUUUCUGAACAACAGGGAA